AUGGCAAAUCAAGUUAUUAUAGGAGCUCUCUUUCAGGAAGGAACUUCACAAGUUAGACCACCAUACUUCAAUGGACAACAUUUCCCCCAUUGGAAAGUGCGAAUGAAAAUCUUUGCCAAAGCUUAUGACGUCAAAGUCUGGAGAGUCAUCAAAAAGGGAAACUAUCCCUUACCAGCUGCCACUCCACCACUAGUUGAUCCUAAAGAUAUAGAUUCAUAUACAAAAGAGCAAAUGGAAGUGGUACAAGUUAACAACAAAACGAGAAAUCUGCUUCAUAACGCUAUAAGUGGUGAAAAAUAUGAGAAAAUCUCAAGCUGUGAUAUAGCCAAAGAAAUGUGGGACAAGCUUGAGGUCACUUAUGAAGGAACCAGCAAAGUAAAGGAAACAUAUAUCAACAUGCUGGUCCAUGAUUAUGAACUCUUCUCAAUGAAAGAAGGAGAAUCUAUUGAAGAUAUGUUUUCCAGGUUUAGCAAAAUAAUUAGCGAUCUAAAGGCAUUUGGCAAGCCUUACACCAGUGGUGAUCAAGUUAGAAAAAUUCUUAGGAGUUUGCAAACCACUUGGCAGACCAAAGUAGUCACACUGGAAUCUCAAGAUCUAAACAAAUUAUCCUAUGAUGAACUCUUAGGAGAACUCAUUGCUUUUGAAAAGACGCAUCUCAAGAAGACCAAUCAAGAAGAGAAAAAGAAAAUAGUUUCAUUCAAAACCUCUACUGAAAUAGUUAAAAUUGAAAUUGAUGAUGGUCCUGAAGCUUUGCAAGAAGAGAUUGCUAUGCUAUCAAUAAAUAUGGAUGGAUUGAUGAGAAGAUACAGAAACACAAAGAAAGGAAGAAUUCCACCAAGACGGUCCAGGCAAUACAACGAACAUGAUAAGAAUGAUGGAAAGUGCUAUGAAUGUGGAAGAUUUGGGCAUAUUCAAGCUAAGUGCCCAGAACUGAAGAGGAAGAACUCUAGAGGCUUCAACAAGAACAAAUCCUUAGGAAGCUGGAGCGAUGGGGAUAAUUCAGACCACGAAGAGAUAGAAAAUCUCUGCUUCAUGACAAUUCUGGAAAACGAAAUGAACAAAUCCUCAGGAUGCUGGACAGACGAAGACAUUUCAGAUGAUGAAAAUGAAAAUUGUUUCAUGGCACGAGGUUAA